AUGGCGAACAAGAGCAAGACAGACAAGGCUGUCACUGCAGUUGCUGAAGAGCCUCAUGGCUACGAGUUCUUGGGACCUCCUGGGGCCUUCAUAAUCUCGUUUGGUUUGCCAGUCCUGGUCUAUGUCUUCACCUUUCUCUGCAAUGACAUUUCAGGAUGUCCUGCGCCAUCCCUCCUCCACCCCGCCAGCUUGGACUUGGACCAACUGAAGAAGGAGGUUGGAUGGACGGGUUUCUCCGGCCUGAUCAAUGUCAACGCUUUCCUUGGCACGUUGGCCUACUACCUCCUCAGUCUUGCCCUCUACCGCCUCCUUCCUGCCGAGGAAGCAUAUGGCACGGAGCUGGCAUCUGGCGGACGGCUCAAGUACCGCUUUAAUGCCUGGAAUUCCGCUCUCUUCAUCAUGACUCUUCUCGGAGCCGGCACAAUCUCUCACGGUGCUGAGUUCCCUGUCUGGGCUUUCAUCUCGAACAACUACGUGGGCAUCCUCACCUCCAACAUCCUCAUCUCCUACUUCCUGGCCACCUACUGCUAUGUCGCCUCCUUUGGUGUCAAGCAUCCCAAAGACCCCUCCAUGCGUGAGCUUGCUGCCGGUGGCCAUACUGGUAACAUGCUGUACGACUGGUUCAUCGGCCGCGAACUCAACCCCCGUGUGACUCUACCCAUUUUCGGCGAAAUUGACAUCAAAGCAUGGUGUGAGCUUCGCCCUGGCAUGCUCGGUUGGAUCAUCUUGGAUCUCGCUUUCAUCAUGCAGCAAUACCGCAACUUCGGACGCGUCACCGACUCCAUCAUUCUCGUCACCAUCGCACAGACAGUCUAUACUUUCGACGCCCUCUACAUGGAACCCGCCAUCCUCACCACAAUCGAUAUCAUCGCCGACGGUUUCGGUAUGAUGUUGUCGUUCGGCGACCUCGUCUGGGUACCCUUCACAUACAGCAUACAGGCCCGUUAUUUGAGCGUCUACCCCGUUGAUCUUGGUUUCAAUGGUAUUGCUGCUGUUCUCGCAGUCCAGGGAAUUGGAUACUACAUCUUCCGCGCCGUCAAUAAUGAGAAGAACCGCUUCCGCACCAACCCCAACGAUGAGCGCGUCAAGCACUUGAAAUACAUUGAGACCGCAGCAGGCUCCAAGCUUCUCAUCUCCGGAUGGUGGGGGACUGCCCGUCAUAUCAACUAUUUGGGUGACUGGGUCAUGAGUUGGUCGUACGUGCUUCCCACCGCAAUAUCAGGCUACGUCAUCAAGAACGUUGCCACUGCGCCUAUUUCAGCCGCGCAAAACGAUGCAUAUUUCUUCAAGGGUAACUACGGCAGGUACGUUGUGCCCGGUGAGGCAAAGGGCUGGGGUAUGAUUUUCACGUACUUUUUCAUGGUGUAUUUUGCUGUAUUGCUUGUGCAUCGCGAGCGCAGGGAUGAGGAGAAGUGCAGGCGGAAAUAUGGAAAGGAUUGGGAUCGGUAUGUCGAGUUGGUGCCAUGGAGGAUUAUCCCGGGGAUUUACUAG